CCAAAACUAAGAAUAAAAAGGAAAAUAAUUAUAUACCCAAACAUCACCAAUUCAUAAUUCCCCAUCCACCCUGCACCUGUGCACCACAUGGCCCUCCUUUAUUUAUGAACAAAGAGACCUGUAACACUGUAUCCAUCACUGAACAACAAAUUAAACUCACUUUCUUCACCAAAUACUCCAUCUCAUGGCAAUCAAACUGAGGUUCCUCGCUCUCCUCCUUCUCCUCUCGCUAUUCUCCCUCGGAACCGUCACAUCGGACGAAGAAGAUUGCGUGUACACAGUGUACGUUCGAACCGGGUCGAUCAUCAAGGGGGGAACAGACUCAAUAAUCGGGCUCAAACUAUACGACAAAUACGGCUACUACAUAUACAUAACAAACUUGGAAGCAUGGGGCGGGUUAAUGGAACCGGGUCACAACUACUACGAGCGUGGCAACCUGGAUAUAUUCAGUGGAAGAGGGCCUUGUCUUGAAGGAUCCGUUUGUGCUGUCAACUUGACUUCAGACGGGUCGGGUCCUCAUCAUGGGUGGUACUGUAACUACGUGGAGGUUACCACCACCGGGGUGCACUUACCGUGUGCUCAGCAGCAGUUCACGGUGGAGCAGUGGCUGGCUACCGACACUUCACCUUAUCGCCUAUGGGCUGUCAAUAAUUACUGUAAUAAUGACUUGGGCCAGGCCCGGCCCAAGCCCAUGUAUAAGCCCAUGUCCACAUCUAUGAUUACGUCGAGGACUGGUUCUGGUUUCUCUAUUUUGGACUCUACUGUCCUUGUAGGGACAGAUAAGUAAUUUACUAGGUUCUCAUGAGUCAUAUGAUAGUGUUGCUGGGGAUUAUUUUGGUGUGUUGUGUGUUUAGUUAUUUACUAUGCAGGGAUAGUGUCUGUCCUCCAUGGUAUUGUUCGAUAUCGCCUAAGCUGAAUUGAAUACCGGGUUCCUAUCAAGAACCCUGUUUGUAUUAUUAUAAGUAUGGAAUAAAAUUUGGGCAUUUGGCACC